UCAAAAAUUACUUCCAUUCAUGUCAAAAAAAUAUUGUUUAUGUUUUGUUGUGAUGAUUGAUUUUUGGCUUAAAUUAUAUUUUCCCCCAACUUAAUGUGUAGAAACAACACAAAAUGUGGUCAGAAAAUACGGAUAAUAAAGACGCACCUCUAGUGUGCAGAGGUUGCUUUGCCACGGGCACGAAACUCCACAAUAUUUACGAAAACAAUUUGGCUGAGAAAUAUCUUCAUCAUAUAGGGAUUUUGUUGCAGGACAACUUCUCCCACUACCUCUGCAGCAUUUGCCGAUCUCUAGUGCUGAAGUUCGCGAAGUUCAAAGAGAGCUGCCACAGAGUGCAGGAAGUCUACGAGUCAGCCAGCCAGGGGGAAGCUCUGUCAUCAGAAUUGCUGCUGGAUCUGAGUCGACACCAUCACAAGCCCAUAUACACACGAACAUCACCUGGAUCGCUGCACACAGAGUAUGUAGACACAGAAGCCGAAGUCAAGCUAGAACUUAACGAGGACUACACUGAUGAAGCGGAAGAUACCAAAACGAAACCAGAAGACAUUAUAUUCAUCAAAAAUGACGUAGAAGAUUUUGACAGAAAAGACAUAAUAGACAGUGACAGAGAGGACAUUAGCAACGCAGAGACAGUAGUCGCAUUAGACCCAGUGGAAAUCAAAGUGAAACGGGAGAAAUCAAAGAAGAAAAAGGAAUUAAUAACGGUCAGAGUGAAAAAAGAGUUUGGUCGCAAAUCGAAAAGUGCCGAUGACAUUAGGAGAAUUGCCGACACGCAAGGCUUCGAUGUUGUGUUCCUGACUAAAGAGGAGCAGCUCGCUGAGGUAGCGGAGAGAAAGGUGAAAAAGAUCCGGUGUUCUAGAAUCGGUUACAGCAAAUGUGACUUGUGUGGCAAGAAUGUCAAAGGAGACGAACAAACCAACAAGCAUUACGAAAUGUUUCACGAUCCGUCCGUAGGACCAAUGGAGUGUGACAUAUGCCACUGCCGCUUCAAAGAUCGUAGAAGACUGAACGCACAUCUACGGAUACAUAGAGAGAAGUUCUUCUGCCGCCAUUGUGAUUUCGUAGCGAAAGGAGAGCCGUGCGUGAGGAAGCACUACGAAUGGCAUAAAGGGACUAAGUUCAACUGUCAAUACUGCGGGCAGACGUUUCCCAAACUGACCAGCUGCUUGUCUCAUACGCGGCUGAAACACGCAGAGGAGCUACCGUGGUGUGAGAUAUGCGGCGAGUCAUUUAUAGGUGAAAAAGGAGUUCAAACUCACAAGAAGUUGGCCCACAAGAACACAGAAGCGGGGAGCUUCGCUUGCGAGGAGUGCGAAGCGCACUUCUUGAACGAGAACGCGUUGGAGAAGCACCGCGGCCUGAGGAGAUGUGAUCUGUCCAAUUGUGUGCAGUGCGGGGACGCGUUCGCCAGCCUUCAGCUGCUGAAGUACCAUUUGGUCCAAGACACAAAGAGGCGUGCGGUGCGGCGGCGAUGUGCGCGCAGUGCGGGAGCGCCUUCUCCAGCGAGGAGCUGCGCGCGGAGCACGAGGCGCGGCAGCACCCCGCCGGCGACCUGUUCCGCUGCGACGAGUGCGACAAGACAUUCCCGAGCGUGUACUACUUCCGCGAACACUACUCGCGGCGACACCACGACAAGAAUUGCUCGCCGGAGGGCAGACAGCGGCGGCGCACGCGCGCGGCGGAAGAGCGACGCUGGACGGUCGCGGAGGGGCGGCGCGUGCUGGAGCGCGGGGCGGGGGCGGGGUCCGGGGAGGGGCACGGGGGGGAGGGGGCGCCGCGCGGGGGCGAGCGCUGCGCCAUCUGCGAGCUCUGCGGGAAGAGUUUCUCGGUAAGAGCUACUUAUAUCGGCUCCACCCUGUCGCCGAACAGUUUGCCAAAGUUUAGCGGAUUCGGUAUGAUAUUCAUUGCUGGUUUCUCAAUGCGGUGAAUAAAAUAGUUUAUGCUGUCGCUACCCACGCCACGUGCACAUCGCCGCUGACGCAAAAAGCCAACUAUUCAAAUCACGAAGAAGAUUCACGGCACUACGGUCGACUCACAACAGAAGCUGACAAGCCUAGACCGCGCAGACGGUGUGUUUACGAUUGGAAGCAUAUAUACAACCUCCGACACGACACCGUCUGUCGCGUGCGGUUCCCCGGGCGCUGCACCUAGCCUGGCGGGAAGACCUUCCCUUCGGGGCAGUCGAGCAUAAUCACCAAGCUCCCGCUACAAUACUAACUAAGCAAUUUUCCCGACAGCAUGGAGCUGGCAUUAUGUACUUGCAAUGUCGUAUCUUUAACACAGUGUUCGUUGACGUACGAAUCCGAAACGGCUUUACCUGAUUGAUGAAAUUUUAUGUAAACCCACACAGUAGGUCUGAGAAUAGAUUGUCACCUUUUUCUCUCCGACGUUCAUACAUAAAAUCGUUGGUAAACGCUUUACACAAAAUCUUACAAACUAUAUAGAUACAUACAUAUUGGGGUAGGUCUUUGUGUGGAUUAGCGAUUCAUUGAACAAUUAUCGCUAAUCCGUACAAAGAAAAAAAUAUGUAUUUUUGUUUAUCCUACUUACUAAUGUUAUAAAUGCGAUAGUUUAUUUUUGUGUGAUGUGUAUGUUUGUUACUCUUUCACGCAACAACUACUGGACGAAAUUUGGUACACGAGUAGAAUAUAACCUGGAAUAACACAUAGGGUACUUUUUUACCCCGAAUGGUCCCGGGGCGCGGCACUC